UGGUCCACAGUUUAGGUAAACAGAUCUGUGAUGACAUUUUCUGAGUGGAAUACAAAUGCCAUUCAUUUCCUCCCAGCGGCUCCUGGCACUUCUACACGGAUAACAGAUUCUCCCAAGAAGGUGUUGGACACCAGGAAGAAAGAUCUUUGUUUAAUCCCUCUGAAAAGAAAUGGCUUCAGACAUCCCUGGAUCGGUGACAUUGCCUGUUGCCCCCAUGGCGGCCACGGGACAGGUGAGGAUGGCGGGAGCCAUGCCCGCCCGUGGAGGAAAGCGGCGUUCCGGGCUGGACUUUGACGACGAAGACGGAGAAGGACCCAGCAAAUUUUCCAGAGAGAACCACAGCGAGAUCGAGCGGCGGCGGAGGAACAAGAUGACCCAGUACAUCACGGAGCUGUCGGACAUGGUGCCCACGUGCAGCGCGCUGGCCCGGAAGCCGGACAAGCUGACCAUCCUCCGCAUGGCCGUGUCACACAUGAAGUCCAUGAGGGGCACAGGGAACAAGUCCACAGACGGCGCCUACAAGCCGUCAUUCCUGACGGAGCAGGAGCUGAAGCACCUCAUCCUGGAAGCAGCCGAUGGCUUUCUGUUUGUAGUGGCGGCAGAGACGGGACGAGUCAUUUACGUGUCUGACUCCGUCACCCCCGUGCUGAACCAGCCCCAGUCAGAAUGGUUUGGGAGCACCCUGUAUGAGCAGGUGCACCCCGACGAUGUGGAGAAGCUGAGAGAGCAGCUGUGCACCUCCGAAAACUCCAUGACAGGCCGGAUCCUGGACCUGAAGACGGGGACGGUGAAGAAAGAGGGACAGCAGUCCUCCAUGAGGAUGUGCAUGGGCUCGCGGAGGUCCUUCAUUUGCAGGAUGAGGUGUGGGAACGCUCCUUUGGACCACCUGCCGCUGAACAGAAUAACCACCAUGAGGAAAAGGUUCAGGAACGGCCUUGGCCCCGUGAAAGACGGGGAGGCCCAGUACGCCGUGGUGCACUGCACGGGUUACAUCAAGGCGUGGCCCCCCGCAGGCAUGACUAUACCCGAGGAGGACGCGGACGUGGGGCAGGGCAGCAAGUACUGCCUCGUGGCCAUCGGAAGACUCCAGGUGACCAGCUCUCCCGUGUGCAUGGACAUGAGCGGGGUGUCGGUGCCCACGGAGUUCUUAUCCCGACACAGCUCUGAUGGGGUCAUCACGUUCGUGGACCCCCGGUGCAUCAGCGUGGUUGGCUACCAACCCCAGGAUCUCCUCGGAAAGGACAUUUUGGCAUUCUGCCACUCGGAGGAUCAGAGCCACCUGCGCGAGAGCUUCCAGCAGGUGGUCAAACUGAAGGGCCAGGUGCUGUCGGUCAUGUACCGGCUCCGCACCAAGAACCGGGAGUGGCUGUUGAUCCGCACCAGCAGCUUCACAUUCCAGAACCCCUACUCCGACGAGAUAGAAUACGUCAUCUGCACCAACACCAACGUCAAGCAGCUCCAGCAGCAGCAGGCAGAGUUGGAGGUGCACCAGAGAGAUGGGCUGUCGUCAUACGACCUGUCGCAGGUUCCUGUCCCCAACCUCCCGGCCGGCGUUCACGAGGCGGGGAAGUCCGUGGAGAAGGCCGAUGCCAUCUUCUCCCAGGAGAGAGACCCCCGGUUUGCUGAGAUGUUUGCGGGAAUCAGUGCGUCGGAGAAGAAGAUGAUGACCUCAGCCUCUGCGGCGGGAACCCAGCAGAUCUACUCCCAGGGAAGCCCGUUCCCCCCCGGACACUCGGGGAAGGCCUUCAGCUCUUCCGUGGUCCACGUGCCCGGUGUGAAUGACAUCCAGUCCUCCUCGUCAACGGGCCAGAACAUGUCCCAAAUCUCCCGACAGCUGAACCAGAGUCAGGUGGCGUGGACAGGGAGCCGGCCGCCCUUUCCCGGACAGCAAAUCCCCUCCCAGUCCGGCAAGACUCAGUCGUCUCCCUUCGGGAUUGGAACGAGCCACACGUACCCAGCAGACCCCUCUUCCUACAGCCCUCUCUCCAGCCCGGCUACGUCCUCGCCCAGCGGGAACGCCUACUCCAGUCUCGCCAGCAGGACUCCGGGGUUCGCUGAGAGCGGACAGAGCGGCGGGCAGUUCCAAGGGCGGCCCUCGGAGGUCUGGUCCCAGUGGCAGAGCCAGCACCACGGGCAGCAGAGCGGUGAGCAGCACCCCCACCAGCAGCCCGGUCAGACUGAAGUGUUCCAGGACAUGCUGCCCAUGCCCGGAGACCCGACCCAGGGGACCGGCAACUAUAACAUCGAGGACUUCGCGGACCUGGGCAUGUUCCCGCCCUUCUCCGAGUAGCGGCGGGCAGAGUGCGGCUGGCGCUGGGCGGCGUGGCUCCUGUCGUGACCGCGCCACCCACGCGGGCGGGGCCCCCCCGCACCCUGCUUGCCCUGCCCGCCCCGCCACGGUCCCCCCCAGCAGAAAGCGUCUCACCCCCGUGCUCCUCCCCUGCACAGCGCCUCUCCCCUCUGGCCCCCAGCCCGGGGCCACCGACCAGGAGCCCCGGUAGCCGUCGGGGGGCCCGUUGUAUUUAUUGUACUUUAUCUGUGUGUGCUUGGGAGGCGAGCCGACUGGGCGCCGGGAGUCUGGUUGUGAAUAAUCUCCUAGUAGACGGUUUUCGCCUAUAAAACGUUCACCUGUAGUCCAGAGUGGGUGUCCGGGGCCUGCCCAGGCCUCAGGAAUUGGGUUUCUUCCCGCCUUUAACCUCCGUGGGUGGGCGGACUCGGGGGCGGGGAAGGGAGGCCAGGAGGGCGCCUGGCCUGUGUUCUCCGCGCUGGGGCCGAGCAGGCGGGGACCCAGGGCCGGACGCCAGCUCCCCUGCCCCCAGCUCAGCGGCGCCCCGACUGGAGCGAGCUUGGCCCGGGGUCCCGGUGCCCGGCUGCGGUUCCACAGCCUCGCCAGGAGUCCUGGCCGGGAGCCCACUGGCUUUAAUGCGCCGGGCUUCUGAGAGGAGGCGGCCCCCUCCUCUUCCAGGAGGCCCCGAGGACCUGGCUGCCUGGGGAGCGCACGCCCUCGUCCCCCGCUCCAGGCCAGCGCCUCCGGGGCUGCAGAGCCCUGGGCCUUAUGUGGAGGAGCGAGCGGGGAGGCGGGACGUCCAGGCCCCCUCGUCCGGCGUCCUGCCGUGCAGGCCUGCUCCCCCAGGACCGGCCCUGGCGGCCACGUUGCAUCAGUGGCCUGGAGGGGGCUCAGGUGCGGACCCGCACGGGGGCAGGAACGCGUCCCACCAGGCCCCUGAACCUUCUCUCCUUGGCCGGCUGGGGGGCCGUGGUGUCUGGGGAGGGACGGGGUGCAGGUCUGUGAGGCAGGAGGCUGGGGCUCCCGCUCCAACUCUGCCACACUCGCCCCGGGGCCCCGAAUUCCUCGGGUGGUCUCAGGACGUGAAGAAGAGCCCACUUCUGGAAACUUCUGCUGGCUGACUGAGCCGUGGUCCCUGGCUGGCUGCGUUUCCCCGUCUUCGCUGACCUCGCCCCCUCCCACGCCCUGUGCGCACAGAGGCAGGCUCUCUGAGCCUCUCCUGUCCUCUCCGUGACAGCCACGCCCGGCCCCGCCGUCCCAUGGGCCCCCUGACUCCCACCCCCGGGAAAGCCCUGCGUCCCUCCCAGGGUCCCUCAGGCAGCCCUGCUCAGGCACCUGCCUUGGACACAACCCACGUGUCCCUCCCCUGGGAUUCCGGAAGGCCAGGCCGAGUGGAGCAGGGUCUCAGCUGCCUGAGAGCAGAGUGGGCCCAGCGUGCAGGACGGGGCCGGGAGCAGCGUCUGUGCUGACCUCUGCGAGCUGGGCAUUAAACGCCAGCCCCGCCCGGUGUCCGUCAGGGAUCCGCGUGGCCUGUCUUGCUUGGAGAGCUCCACCUGUAACAGUCCAAUGUGGGUAGAAUACCUUUGGCGAGCAGCCAGCUCUGGGUGAUCCUGGUUCCUGGACUCUGGGUUCACACUCACUCAGCAGUUUUUAGAGCAGCUUUAACCCCUUUGUGUAUGGCGGUGAUUGAUGAUUGAGUGCCGGGUUUAGGCACACCGGGGUCAUUUUACCCUCCACACACCCUCACCGUGCCAGACUGGAGUGGGGGGCUUCCCAGGGCUCACCCUGCCCGGGGCCACCUCUGCCUCCAAGCCUGAGCCGACCCCGAGCCGUGUGUGUGUAAUGUUUUCUGAGAAAGACACAAAAAGGGCUUUUGGAUCCAAGAGCGGUUGCUCUGUGAAACGAAAACAGACUUUUUUGUGGCCUUUAGCCUGUGAGUUGGGCAGAAUCGGGAAUUUCGUAUUUGUUCCUUCUGUUUUCUGGAGGGAACCAGGGGAUUCUCUGGGCUGCGCACGUCAGGGGGGCACGCCAGCUGUGACCUGGGGCCACGCUGGACGCGGAGGGGACGCGGGAGAGGCAGAGCAGCCUUGCCCCGGCGGACUUCCGUCCUCUUCUGUCCCCACACCAGGGCCUGGGUUGCAGACUGCCGCGGUCCGGGUCCCGGCAGGCGAGGCCAGAGGGGCCUGAAAGCCAGUGUCAUGCAAAAUGUCAUGACUCAGGAGGCAUGGCCUCCCAUCCCCCCCCCACCCCGGCCCCCCAUCCCGCAUCGUCCCAGGGGCGCCCACAGGGAGCCUGACUGCGGUCCGAUGGGCCGGCCUGAGCUCUGCGUCCUCUCUCCUCCACCUCCCGCUUUCUGGUUGUGAUUCUUGGAAGCCAUCAUGUGGCCAGUGGGAAAACAGGACUGGAAGGAUCUCAUGCCCCAGAGACUCUUCCCCCAAGGAAUCUUGAGGCCGGCCAGGGUAAGAGUUGAAGCCCUACAGGGCCUCACUGUCCUGCUUGGGAACAGGCCCGCCCAGCCUCUCCCUGCGAGGCCCCGGCCCAGACGCCUCUCCCCCGGCAGACGCGGCCCAGCCUGGGCUGGGGCUUCGGCCGUGACUCGCUCUGCCGCUCGCACCUCCUCUCCCCUGUGAGACCUUCCCGGGCUCCCCCACGGAGCGGGCCGGGCCGUGGCUGCCUGCGUCUUGCGGGAGGACGCGAAGCAGCCACGUCGAGGCUCAACCGGGACUUGGCUGGUGACUGUGGCCGUGGCUAGGGAGGUUCUAGAACACUACGGAUGUGUCACUAGGGAGCUGGUUUUGUUUCUAGCUAUGGCGUCAGGGAGUGACAGAGCCGUCACAAACGCCACGUUCCUCCUCUGCUUCCCGAUGUGUUCAAUCCAGCCCCUUUGCUGUUUCGUGAAUACCGUGCAGAGAGUUGGCGGGGGCGGGGCGGGAGGUGGUUCUCUUAGUCGGAACUUACAUCAGGGAGCGUGGACUCCAGUAAAGAGACAGUAUCUCCCCCAUUUAGCCACAUGUGACACAAGGGAUGGGGCAGGUCCCGGGAAAGUGAGUGCCGGUCACCGAGCGCAUCAGCACCUGGGGACAGGGACCGCGACAGCCACUCCCCUGGCCCACCUGCUCCCUGAUGGUUGUGACCCGUCUCCGAGCAAGACCGAGCCUGCUGCCUCGCGGACGCUCUAGCGAGUCACGAGUCAGGACAGAAGUGCCAGAAACUACGAGUUUGGUCAGUACUUGCCAAGGGGGCCCAUUGUCUCCUCCCUCCGCCACAUCCCCGCCCCGCCUCGUGUACUAGGGGGCCACGAGCCACCUGGCUGUCCACCUGUUAUUGACAGCCGGGGGUCUGGGACAAAGUGGAGAGGCAGCGCACCGCGGGGCAGGCACCUGUCCACUUCUAGAGUGCCUGGGUCUGGUGGCCAAAGCUACUUCGGCGGUCCGGCCACCGGCCAGAGCCCGCAUGGGCGGCACCGACCGUGAAGACCGGGGCUCACUGGGCCAGGCCUCUUCCUUCAUAGACGAGGGCUUCUCAGAUGGGCGUCCGUGGACAAGUUGAGCACUUAAUCGUUUCUCUUGUAGCCUUUCUUCUUAUGGAUGUGAGCCGUGCUGUGGAUAAAUCGUUUGUAUUUCUUGAAUGUUCUCUAUGACUAACGGUUAUUGAGUUGGUUGUGUAUAUGUAUAACUAAUGUAACUGCCUUUUAAAAUUUCAUCACAAUAAAAAUGACUUUGCUCUGAACCGUGAA